AGGUUUUAUAGGCCAACGGUUUAUCUUCUCCUACUUCUCUGCUUUUUCUGCAUUCUUCAAAAAAUCCAUCUUUUUUGGGUUGAUUCUUCGUCGCUAUCACACGCCCAACUUCACCUGCUCUGACAUUAUCACUACACCUUCCUUUCUUCUUCAUCUCUUCUUUCUUCACUAUUUUUAUCAAAACCUUCUCCUCCAUCUGGGUUCACACCAAAACCAACACUUUUUGGUAUUUUGCUCUGUUUCGCGGAGUGAAGAUAAGGUCCCAAGAGAGAGAUCAAAUCAUCAAAUCUCUCUCUGUUUCCGAUAUGAGUACCCGUUUUUCCUCUCAGUUGCAAUCAUCAGCCAUUAACUCCAUCACUGUCUCCUCAUCUUCUUCCCUCGAUUCCACGUCACGGGAUGAUAACAUUCACAUGGCUCCGGAGAGCUCUCCAUCUUCUUCCUUCUUGAUGAGACUUGCCAUGAGGGUAUCUAGAGCAACGUGGUUCAUUUUCUUGAGAAGAGUCUUUCAUUACCAGAACGCCUCAAGAUCCGAUCUUGGCACCAAUCCUUUCAAUUCUAUCACUUGGAUGAUUUCAGAGCUCAUCGCUUUACUUGUACAGAUCACUGUCAUAACAUCCACACUAGCUUUGUCCAAGAAAGAGAGGCCUGUUUGGCCGAUGAGGCUAUGGAUCACCGGCUACAACGUCGGAUGUCUGCUCAAUCUUAUGCUAUUAUACGGUAGGUAUCGUCAGCAACAUACUAGCCAAGGAAAUGCAUUUAGCUUCGGCGAUAUUGAGCUGCAACAGAGAAGCAGAGAAGAGACCACCAGGUGCUCGCAUUUGAUGAACAGAUGCAGGACAUCGCUGGAGCUAUUCUUUGCGAUAUGGUUUGUGAUAGGUAAUGUAUGGGUUUUUGAUUCUCGGUUCGGUUCUUUCCACUAUGCUCCAAUCCUUCAUGUCCUCUGCAUCUCCCUGCUCGCUUGGAACGCUCUAUGCUACUCCUUCCCGUUUCUUCUCUUCCUCCUGCUCUGUUGUGUUGUGCCUCUCCUUAGUAGCUUCCUCGGCUACAACAUGAACGUUGGAUCUUCGGAAAAAGGAGCUUCAGAUGACCAAAUCUCCAGUCUCCCUAGUUGGAAAUACAAACUCAUUGACGAAGCUUCAGAUUCUGCUCAAGCAAGCAAUGAUCCGGAAUGUUGUAUAUGUUUGGCAAAGUACAAAGAGAAAGAAGAAGUGAGAAAGCUUCCCUGUUCGCAUAGGUUUCACCUCAAAUGUGUAGAUCAAUGGCUUCGUAUCAUCUCGUGUUGUCCUCUCUGCAAACAAAAUCUUCCUAACUAAAAAAUUAAAACGAGACACGAGACACACUCACAAGUCACAAUAUUGGAUCUCUGACCAAAGUACCAUAUUUUGGUUGUUUUUUUUUUACUUUCCUUUGUUUGUUUUUUUCUGUUGUCGCCUACACACGGUUACUUGUGUGAGUGUCAUUUUCAUUCCCUUUUUUUUUUGUGUGUGUGUGUAGUUGUGUAGAAAGGAGCUCACCAGUAACUGUAACAAUACCUGAAAAAAUGUAAAAAAAAAAAUUCACAACAUGAUCAAUUAAUUGUUUACCAGAA